AGGAAUGUUUAUUACAUUUUCAGGCUUCCAAAAUUGCUGGAAAAGAUAAAUCUAAAAAUUUGAUGCGUGAUCUUCGUAUCCGCAAGCUGUGUUUAAAUAUCUGCGUAGGUGAGUCUGGCGAUCGGUUGACUCGCGCUGCUAAAGUGCUCGAACAGCUAACUGGACAAACACCAGUUUAUUCCAAGGCUCGUUAUACAGUUCGUUCAUUCGGUAUUCGUCGUAACGAAAAAAUAGCUGUUCAUUGCACGGUUCGAGGAGCGAAGGCCGAAGAAAUUCUUGAACGCGGUUUAAAAGUACGAGAGUACGAGUUAAGACGCGAUAAUUUCUCUCAAACUGGCAACUUCGGGUUUGGUAUCCAGGAACAUAUUGAUUUGGGAAUAAAGUACGAUCCUUCUAUUGGUAUCUAUGGACUGGAUUUCUAUGUUGUACUUGGGCGACCAGGAUACAAUGUAGCACAAAGGCGACGCAAAACCGGUAAAAUUGGCUUUAUUCAUCGUCUUACAAAAGAAGACGCAAUGAAGUGGUUCCAGCAAAAGUACGAUGGUAUCAUCCUAAACAGCAAAGCAAAAUAGGAUUCGUUCCAACCCACAAAGAUCGUUUUUAUUAUACCUGUAAUAAGCUAACAUUAAAACGAGAGCUAGGAACUAUCUUAAAA